ACUGUGUGAUAUUAUAUACAUAUAUAUGUGAUUAUUCACAUUGUGCGAUGACGUCACACUCUGGUAUUAAAGUGACCAUAAAAUUAAGUUACUCUGCUGGAAAACUUUCAAAUAGUUUCAAGUGUAUUGAUAAUAGAAGUGAAAUAAGAGUAUUUCUUUUUCUCAAUAUAUAUAAAUUGCAUUAGAAUUAUAUAAAUUAAUGAUCAAGAUGUAUUUAUUGAGGUUAUUUAAAAGAAAAGUCGAUAAAUAGAUAUUUUCUCAUGAACACUUGUGUCAUAAAUAAGUAGCAUAAAAUAUGGUGUGUGUAUUUUCAAAGACGUUUAAUAUGACCUCAAUAUCAUUUGCAAUGGCGUUUAGUAAGACAUCAAUUCCAUUUGCAAUGAUAUUAAAGUGCAACAUAACUUACUAAUGACAACUUAGUUUAAGUUAACCAUAAUUUAUACUUAUUAUCACUUCAAUGAUGCAUUCAUCAUUCAAAAUACUUUGAUGUGUAUACUUACAUUAGAUAUAAUGUAUCCGAAGGUAUAUAUAUAUGAUAAAUUGUAUAAUUAUACUUUCAUUUGUGGAAGUUCCUUGAAGAAGACGCAAUGAGUUUUUUAAUGCAUAUAGUACUAUUUUUAUGUUCAAUUAAUAUAAAGUAUAGUGUAGGUGUACAAAAUAAAUUAGGAUGUAGAGACCAUAAGAAUAAGAUUGUUGAUUGGUAUGUGCUAUAUAAAAUUCCAAAAUUAUCGCAUAGCAGUAAUCCUUUAAUAAGAACUGGCUCCGCUUACAUGUAUAUAUCUAAUAAUACUGUAGACAAAGGAUGGGAAUUAUCUACCAAAGAUAUAGGAGAUAAAAAUUCCAUGCCUGGGAAUACAUUAGCUUCGCUCUACAAUGAUAAAAUAGCUAACAAUUUAUUAUGGAUUUUAUAUAACGAUGAUCCACCAAAUAGUUCAGUAGUUGGAAAAUAUGGUCAUGCGAAAGGUGUAGUGGCCACUGAUAAAGAUCAAGGAUUCUGGAUGAUACAUAGUGUUCCAAAUUUUCCACCAAUGCCUAAUGUAGGGACAAGCUCAAAACGUAGAAUUAGAACUACUACAUUGGCUGUAGAUGAUUUUUCAUCUAAUUCUGAGUAUAGUUAUCCAUCAUCAGGAUAUGUUCGUGGACAGAGUUUUUUAUGCAUUUCUCUUAAAGCAAAUCAAUUUAAUACAGUUGGACGUCAAUUAAUGUACAAUCAAAUUAUAGUUUAUAGAAAGAAUCUUCCAGCAAAACUAAGCAAUCAAUAUCCUGAUCUAACGAAUGCCGCUAAUCAGAUACGUUUUAAAAAUCCUCCGUACAGUAACAAAGAAAUUAUAAAGUCAUCAACUUCUUUGGAAUUUAUUUCAUUUGCUAAGUCUGACAAAUGGCAACAGGAUCUUUACAGCGACUUUGUAGCUCCACAAUUGAAAAGUAGCUUAUUUGUUGAGACGUAUUUGAAUGGACCAGGAAAAUUAAACUCCAAAUGCCAGGGUCUAGAGGUGCAUAAUAUAAAAUCAGUGAAACUACAUACAGGAGAUGUUCAGUUUACAAGUUCACAAGAUCAUUCUAAGUGGGUUGUUGCAAUAGAUAAUAAAAAUAAUAAGUCCUGGGUUUGCGUUGGAGACAUCAAUAGAGCCGAUACUCAGUAUUAUCGCGGUGGUGGCACAGUUUGUUUGAACUUGUUUCAUCUUUGGAAAAAUUACCGCGACUCCGUUAAUGAUGUAGAACCAUGUCCUUUACAUUAAUAAAACUAAACCUUUGUUAAGAUGAUUUGAAAAUAUUGUAAAAUAUAUAAAAUAUGUAGAUCUUAAACUAAUGUAAAUCAAAUGGCAAUAUUACUAACACUGUAAUAUACUAAUACGCAAUAUAUUAGGAAAUAAAAAUAU